GGAGAUUUCCUGACCAUAUAUAAAACCAUUUAGAAUGUAUCACACAUCCGGCCAGGUCUGUCCCCGAGCCAUUCACUGCCGACGACAAGGUUGUUAUGUCUGAACGAUCUUCUGACCAAUACAAUGAGACCCGGCAAACCAAUCGAACCAAUCGGACCCGCUGUCGUAGUGUAGGCCCCGUUCACAUCGAUGACAAUUUUGAGGUAGAAUCUGAGGGGCAUCCAGUAACUUGCAGAAACAUCGUGAUUUUCGGAGAGACUGGAGUCGGUAAAAGCUCCUUGAUCAAUUUGAUUGCAGGCAAGGAUGUCGCCUCCACAUCACCAGACGCACUUUCUUGUACCACUGAGGACCAUGCAUAUGAGGUCGAUAUACGUGGCAAGACGUACACUUUGCACGAUACCGUGGGUCUUGGAGAGGGAAGUCAUGGGUUGGUGCCAGAGGAUGUGGCUUCCAAAAAGUUGAAAUCUUUUCUACGGAAGAUAUCACGAGACGGUGGGCUACAUCUUCUGGUCUACUGUGUGCGUGGGUCAAGGGCCACCAGAGCACUGCUUCGCAGUUACAAAACCUUCGCUGCGGCGGUUGCAGGGAUGAAAAUCCCAGUCGUUCUUGCCGUGACGUGCAUCGAUGACUUUUCGGAAGCAGGUAUUUGGUGGGAGAGGAAUGAGAAAAUUUUGGAGGGCUUUGGGAUCCAGUUUGAUGCCCAUGCUUGU